AGUUUGCAAUGAGCCGUCUUCUCGAGCAGCCCAGCAUUGCGAUGUCCCUUAAGUCGUCGUCAGGUAGUCAAUUAUCUUCGGGUGCUGCAGUUGGCGGCAAUGCAACUGGAUUAAACGUCAGUACCACAGAGGCUGCAGUACAAAGCCAAACAGAAGCGAAUACCAAACAAUUAACGGUAACCAGCGCAACGGCGAAUAAUAAUGCCAACACAAUUUUCGAUGAAGUUUUCAUUAGUUUAGUUUCCGGUUCAGCCGCUGGAGCUUUAGCGAAAACCACUAUUGCACCGCUGGAUCGCACGAAAAUCAACUUUCAAAUUAGUAAAAAUGUUCCCUACUCAUUCAAGGCUGCGGUAAACUUUUUGAGAAAUACCUACGAAAAAGAGGGUAUCUUGGCGUUAUGGCGCGGCAAUUCGGCUACAAUGGCGCGCAUUGUGCCUUAUGCAGCCAUACAGUUUACGGCACAUGAACAAUGGCGGAAAAUACUACAAGUGGAUAAGGACGGCAGCGACACUAAAGGCAGACGUUUUAUAGCUGGAUCCUUGGCUGGCAUAACUUCUCAGUCGUUGACAUACCCACUCGAUUUGGCACGCGCCCGCAUGGCUGUCACAGACAAAUACACUGGCUAUAAGUAUGUUCUUUGCAAAUUGUGUACUUAAGUACAAGCGCACAACUCUCCUUGGUUCAUUUGUGGUUCCAAGCUAUUUUGAAUACCCG